AUGGGCAACCAGAAUGGAAAAUCAAACAACCUGCCCAAUGGGGCAACCGACUCCUCAUCUCGAACCUUGCAGCAUCUUAACGAUGUCCGACACAUCGUGGAUGUCAGUGGUGGAGUGGAAGUGGAUAGUGGGCAUUUUGAUGCCCCCAUGCCAAAUCCCAGUGAAGUGGAGAGACGCUUUACCAAAGUCCUAGCGUCGAUGGACCUUCCACCGGAUAAAGUGAAGGUCCUCAAAGGCUAUGAUGAGAAGAAAAAGUGGCAUAUGAUCUGUGAUCAAGAACGAGUUCAUGCCAAAGAGUCUCCAGCCUUUUACCUGGAAAAACUUCGAACUUACCUUGACCCCAAGGCAUCUCGAAGUGCUCGCAAACGAAGGCUCUUGGGAGAUCGCACGUCGACGCAGUUGUUACGGAAUUUGGAAACGUCUCUUCGCACCAAUCAUAUUGAAUGGGUGCGAGAAUUUCUCAACGAAGAGAAUCAGGGGUUAGAUGUACUCAUAGACUAUCUGUCGUACCGUCAGGUGAUGAUACGGUGUGAGGCUCGACGGAAUGAAGCAGCCAGUGAUCAAGAAAAUGAAGGGAGUGAUUCAAAUUCACCAAGAACAACAACAAGUACCCUUCGCACCAAGAGUGUCUCAAAGCAUCAGUCGCGCCUGAACAUGGGGCAAGCCCAUGACGAUAUCCAUGUGUGUAUAAAGUGCUUACGAGCCAUCAUGAACAAUAAGUAUGGUUUCAACAUGGUGAUAGGGCAUCACCAGGCCAUCAAUUGCAUCGUCCUCAGUCUCAAUCAUCAUAGUCAGUUGACCAAGGCUUUGGUUCUAGAACUCCUUGCUGCCAUUUGCCUGGUGAAAGGUGGUCAUGAGAUCAUCUUGUCUGCGUUUGAUAAUUUCAAGCAAGUAUGCAAUGAGACUCACAGGUUUGAGACUCUAAUGCAUUACUUUAAGAAUUAUGAUGAAUUUCACAUUGAAUUUAUGGUGGCAUGCAUGCAGUUUAUUAACAUUGUGGUGCACUCUGUGGAAGACAUGAACUUUAGAGUUCAUCUUCAAUUUGAAUUUACUCUUCUUGGACUGGAUGCGUAUCUUGAAAAAUUGCGUCUCACUGAAAGUGAUGAACUUCAGGUCCAGAUAGCAGCCUAUCUGGACAAUCAAUUUGAUGUGGGGGCCCUGAUGGAGGAUAGUAUGACUAAAACUGCUGCCUUGGAAAAGGUUUCAGAACUGGAGGAGGAGUUGGCUAGGACCAAGGACCACCUCCAAGAACUCGAGAAUGAACACAUAGCUAAGAUGGUGGAAGUGGAAUCUCAAUUAGCAGAGGUGACAGCUGAUCGUGACAACCUUUUGCAGGUAAAGAUGCAAAUUUCUGAAGAGAUUUCAACUCUGAAAAGGACAGCUACAAUGAAGGAAGAAGAGUCUAAACAUCGUCAAUCUCUGCUUGAAAGUAAGAUUGCAGAGUUAGAAAAGAUGGCUGGAGGUGGUGGAAAAGCAGUUGGUGGGACAGGCGCAAGUGCUCCUUCAGUGCCUGCACCACCUCCACCUGCAGCACCUGCACCACCACCUCCACCUCCUCCAGUGGCACCUCCCCCUCCUGCACCUGGAAUGCCACGAGCACCUGGGAUGCCUCCCCCACCACCUGGACUUAUGAAUGCUCCUCCUGAUGCCAUGACUAUCAAAAGGAAAGUCCAGACCAAGUACAAGCUUCCCACGUUGAAUUGGAUCGCCAUGAAACCAAACCAGGUGAAAGGAACUGUGUUCAAUGACCUGGAUGAUGACAAGCUUUACAGCAAGAUUGACUUCCACAUGUUUGAAGAGAUCUUCAAACUGGGACCUGGUGGAGGGAUUCAUUCACCAGAUGAUGAUGGAUCGCUUCACUACUUCCCCAGCAAACGCUUCAAGAAGCCUGAGCACAUAUCCUUAUUGGAACAUAACAGGCUGAGAAAUCUUGCUAUUUCAAGACACAAACUUGAUCUGAGUGUAGAGGAUGCAUCUAGGAUUGUUUCCAGUUUUGACCUGAAGGCUUUGCCAUUGGAGAGCUUAGAGAUAUUGCAACGUAUGUUGCCAACAGAAGCAGAAGUGAAGGCAUAUCGGGAAUACGAACGGGAUCAUCGUCCCGUCAAUAUGUUGACAGAAGAAGACCGGUACCUCCUGCAGUUGAGCAAGAUUGAGAGGCUCGGAGUGAAGCUGAGCAUCAUGAACUACAUGGCAAAUUUUGAGGAGACAACCCAGACACUAACUCCUCAGUUCCAUGCAGUUAUAACCGCAUCAAGAUCUGUGAAGAAUUCCAAGAGAUUCCGUGGGAUUCUUGAGGUGGUACUUGCCUUUGGGAAUUAUUUGAAUAGUUCCAAGCGUGGCCCUGCUUAUGGCUUUCGCUUGCAGAGCCUUGAGGGUCUCAUGGACACAAAGUCACCUGAUCGAAAGAUGUCUCUUCUUCACUACAUAGUAGAUACUGUGCAUGCAAAAUUCCCUGACCUGAUUGGGUUUGUCUCUGAGUUGAAGUAUGUUGAAAAGGCCGCAGGGGUCUUUCUAGAAACCAUCCUCACUGACAUGAGUGACUGUGAGAAGGGCAUGGAUAUGGUUCGAAAGGAGUUUGAGUUGUGCCGCAAAGAUGCCAAGGACGACAGAAAUGCUGUCUUGCGGGACUUCAUCACGAAGUCUGAGGAUCGACUCAGGAAGUUGAAGAAUGACUGUCAGAUGGCCCAACAACUCUUCUCUGAAAUGCUGGAGUAUUUUGGAGAGAACAUUCGGACGACCAGCACCAAUUCCUUCUUCUCAGUCUUAGUUCGGUUCAUGAAACUGUGGAAGCAGGCUGAAGAAGAGAAUGAACAGCGUCGAAAGAGGGAAGAAGCUGCGCAAGCGCAGAAUGGUGUGGAAGAAGGGAAUAAAAGCAAUCCAAGGUCUCAGCAACAAAGACAGGAAGCUGUGGUCAAUGAGCUUAAGUCCCGGAACAAUCGACAUGUCCAGGAGAAGCAGUUAUUGGCUCAGGAUCAGGUUUACCAUGGUGCUUUGGAGGAUAUAUUGAACAACCUCCACAGUGAGCCUUACAGGCGAGCUGAUGCGGCCCUGAGGCAGACUCCCCCUGAAUAUCUGUUAACAUGCCAUCCCCUGGAUAGGAAGGGUGAGCCAGUUCUUAGAGAAGGGAAAAGGAAGCCAAAGCCUGGAUUGAAGAUUUACUCUAUGAGCAUCCUGUUUCUUCUUCUUGCACCAUUCUUGGGAGUGACAGCUGUGAUCAAUACUUCUGGCCUGUGCAGCCCUACCCCUAUGUCCUGCGUGCAUCAGAUAUCAUGGGAAGGAGUUGCAAAGGAUUUUGAUUCUUCCAUAGAGUUCUGUAUCUUCCAAUCAGACAAGAAUGAAGAUAUUGCCAGAAAUGUUCGGUGUGAAGGCUGCUCGGAGCCCCCUAAUCCUGUCGUUAGGGUUGAGUUGUAUCAUUUCACCCCUCGAUGGAUCCCCAUCACCAAUUCAUUUGAUUCUGUCAUGGUCAACAUCACCUUCCCCAACAUCCAAUGGACAAGCCUGAGUUUCUGCCUGACAGCCAUAGCAGACCACAAAAGAAGAUGCUAUUCUGUCAAGAUCUCAGAUGGAUUGAAGGGAGGGACUUUGUGGUUUGAUUGCCCUCAACGGUUCAUUCAUCUCAGUCAGAGCAAAUUUGUAAACCUGACUUACGCUGCAUGGCCUCAGCUCUGGGCCGAGGAGCUCCUUUUCCCUGUUCCUGUCGUCUUGCAGUUACCCUCUAUUGCUCAAUCUUCCCAGAAUCUCCGACUGCAUGGGAUCCUCCAUGGUUUAGCUUCUUCAAAGCUAAAAUUUGAUCUCCUUCUCCCUCAGGAAGACUUUAAUGCAAGCUUCUACAAUAUAUCACUCAUGACCCAGAACUUGAGCCUGGCAGAGCACAUAAUUUGCAUGCCAGGCCAUUUGUGUCCCAAAUCUGGAAAGGGGAAUCAAGAGCUGAAAACUGGAUGGGUGACUGUUGAAUGGGAGUUGGCAGAACUACAAGAAACAUCCUAUUCUGUUCAUGUGUACAUGUAUGGAUAUGCCAUUUUUCAUCUCUUAGGGAGGUCCAUGCCAUCGCAGAUGCUGUUGAUCUACAACAGUGACUUGCUUCCUCUGGCAAAAGCUGUGCAUGCUCUUGCUGAUCACCUGCAUGCUGCAGUGGGAGUGAAGGUUCUCUCAUUUCGAGACAUCCCAUGCAAUAUGAACCCCCAGAGCUGGAUGGUGGAGAGGUUGAAACAAUCAGACAUGGUGUGCAUUGUUGCCGACCCUCACGUCGAAUGGGAGAGGAGAGAGGCUGCUCUUCCGGUUGGUGGGUGGCUUCUCUAUCAGCUGGGUGUGCACCUUGUGUCUGAGGCAUCAUUGAAAAAUUAUCCUCAUGCUGGUCCAUGCCAAUACCUCCUCCUCCAGUUGUUUUCUUCUCCUCUGCAUGACUCCUUGGCACAUAUCCCCAAGGUUCAGAUUGGUGAGGACAUCACUGAGUUCCUCUGUGCCAUACACAGAGUGAAAUAUUCUCAUCUCUGCAAGUGGAGACAUGGUGAAAUUCCAGGACAGGCAUUGAAUAAGACAGAGCCUGGGAGGCUAUAUCUGGAUGCCGUACAGGAGUGCCUGGAGAUUCUCGGCCGACUUCCUCCAAAAGUUGACGAUGAAUACGAGGAGAAUGAAGCCCGGAGGCUCUUGAGCUCUCUUCCUCAAAUUCAGGUUCCUGCCUUGAUAUCUGAGUCCAGGAGAGGUGAGGACCUGUUGAUGCAGGAAAUCGUGUCCGAUUAUCCGCCAGAUGUCCACCUUGUUGCCAGAUGAGAGGAAAUUCUUGUGUUGCUCAUGUGACACAUUUACAUUCCAUUGGAUUCCUUGCCUUCUGGCAUUGCAUCAGGGAGGCAGGAGUUUAUGUUGGGAAAUGGGAUCUAUCAUGUGCAUUUUGUUAUUUAACAAGAUUGUGUCUCUGUUUGAAUAACAGCACUUGUAUGAGGCAAAUGAUCAAAGUUUACUUGGUUUAUAUGUUUUGUGGUACAGCACUGUCAUAGCUUUGUCGAUAUUGUGGCAAUCUAGUCUAAGCUUACUGGUGGUGAUGAUGCUUCAUGAUAUAAAAUAUCUGUGUCCUUGGAGGAAUAUGUUUUAUGCAAUAUGGGAUGGUGUCAUGUUGGUGUUCAUGUACGUUCCAUCCAAUUGGUUUCACAAUAUUUGUAUAUUCUUCAUGCAUAGUUGCUGCCUCUAACAUUCUCAACUGUACUAUGUGUCUGUACUGGCUUCUUUGGCUAUCCUUGUUGCAGUGGCUGCAGUACAUCUUCAUGAAUAUAGACUUAGCACUACCAUUUAACAUAGGUCAUUCUUUCUUCUCAAGCAGGUUUUUUUCUCUGUUAGCUGUGAACUGAAAUCAAUUAACAUCCCUGUCAGUAUUAAGAUUUAAAAAAUUUUUGAAGUUGCGGUACUUAGAUAGCCAGAACAGUAAGUCCCAGACAAUGUAACCACAUUUUCUAGCUUACCACAAGGCUAGCAGCAGUAGUCUAAUUCUUUUGCCAUUGUACAAAAAGGAAAGAAAAGAUGAUCAGGGAAGAAAGAAAUUUAAAGGCAGGUACUAGGCAUAAGCCUAGUAGACAUGCAUGCAAAUUGAAAGCUUGAUAUCUUAGGGGAGAGAAGAGAAUCAAAGAAUAUGAGGAAUGAUGGGGCAUUCCUGGUGAAUGGAACAUCUGCCGU